AUGGACCAACUGCAAGUUGGAGAGGACACUGAAAGCGAUGCAGAUAUGAUUGUGAUAGAGGACGGGGAUGAUAUCCCGAUAUAUACUGUCAGUCAACUUGAGGAUAAGGCGACACCUGUCGUUGAUGGUUGGAUCACGAGUCUGACCAGGGUGGAGAUGAUGACUGUGUCAUUGACGCUGCACAGAGAGGGUGGUUCGGCCCAACCGGGACAGGAGUAUGGUCUUGCUCUCGCUGAGGUUGGAUCAAGAUGGAUCCUGACUCGACACACUCUGAGUGAUCAAGAUCAUCAAGAUUAUCAAGAUCUGGAGAGUAUGUGUCAGGAUCUGGGAUAUAUGUGUCAUUAUCGGGACAGAUCCGCCAAUACCCAGCCUUUAGACGAGGACUACGUUGCAGAUCAGCCAAGACAAGGACAGCUGGACGACGAAGAUCAAGAAGGAAGAACAGGUACAUAG